GCGCCAGGGAGCCGGCCGGCCUCAUUCAAUCGCAUAGCUUGCCACAGAAUAAAUAGCGUCGCAUCGCGUAUCCGCUCCAACAACGUUUUGUGUACACGUAUACGUGAGCCCGGUGCCGGUAUCAAACUAUCCUACUUGGAACAAAUACCGCAAAGCACAAUCAUUUGUAAGUCGUUGUCAGUGGGUAGUAGAUUUGUGAAGUAAAAUAUGGUCAGCAAAAAUGCAAGCCGGCUUCUACAGUGCCUUACAGAACACAGUACUUUGGUUCGAAAUUAUGGAACGGCAAAGCGUGUUGUGGCUUCAAAGCCAGUUGUUGAAAUGGAUGGAGAUGAGAUGACCAGAAUUAUAUGGGAAAAAAUUAAGGAGAAGCUCAUCUUUCCAUAUGUUAAGUUGGAUAGCUUAUACUACGACUUGGGCUUGCCGCACAGAGACGCCACCAACGACCAGGUGACCAUAGACGCGGCGCACGCCAUCCUCAAGCACAAUGUCGGCAUCAAAUGCGCCACCAUUACACCCGACGAACAGAGAGUUGAAGAGUUCAAGUUAAAAAAGAUGUGGCUGAGCCCUAACGGUACUAUCCGUAACAUCCUGGGCGGCACGUGCAAGAGCAUCCCACGCGUGGUGCCGGGCUGGACGCAGGCCAUCAUCAUCGGCAGACACGCGCACGGCGACCAGUACAAGGCUCAGGACUUUGUCGUACCACAACCCGGCAAGGUAGAGCUAGUGUACACAAAAGCAGACGGCACGACGGAGAGACGUUUGUUAUUCGACUUCAAAUCGCCGGGAGUGGCUCAGGGCAUGUACAACACAGAUGAAUCCAUACAAUCCUUCGCACACUCUAGUUUUCAAGUAGCGUUACAAAAGAAAUGGCCGCUGUACCUUUCCACAAAGAACACUAUCCUCAAGCAAUACGAUGGUCGCUUCAAGGAUAUCUUUCAAGAAAUAUAUGAGAGCACAUACAAGAAGCAGUUCGAGGAGGCGAAGAUCUGGUACGAGCACCGGCUGAUAGACGACAUGGUGGCGCAGGCCAUCAAGAGCUCCGGCGGUUUCGUGUGGGCCUGCAAGAACUACGACGGUGACGUGCAGUCAGAUGUGGUCGCACAGGGUUACGGUUCCCUGGGCAUGAUGACGUCAGUGCUGAUGUGUCCGGACGGGCGCACGGUGGAGUCGGAGGCGGCGCACGGCACGGUGACGCGCCACUACCGCCAGCACCAGCAGGGCAAGCCCACCUCCACCAACCCCGUCGCCUCCAUCUACGCCUGGACGCGCGGCCUGCUGCACCGCGCCAAGCUCGACGACACGCCGGACCUGGCCCGCUUCGCACUCGCUCUGGAGGAGGCUUGUGUCGAAUGCAUCGACAGCGGCAAAAUGACGAAGGACUUGGUUAUCUGCAUCCACGGCCUCGCCAACACCAAGGAGGGCAUGUACCUCCACACCGAGGACUUCCUGCAAGCCAUCGCAGACCAACUUGAACAUAAGCUAUCCAAGUAGACAACUUUGUUAAUUUUAAACACUAAAAUUCAAGUUUUUGUUCAUAAUUUAGUCACAAUUUUUUAAUGAAUUAUAGCUAUUUAAGAGUAAUAUUGAAUAUACUCGUAAGUAAACCAGUGAAAUGAGGAUCUAUAUUGAACAUAUACAUGAAGAUAUAUAAAACAAUUUUAUACUCUUCCCAUUUAGCAUUUUUGUAGUACUUAAGAUUGUGCUAAUAUUUUUUUCUUUUAAAAUACAUUAUGCAUUUUUAAAUUGUUUAAGUAAAUCAAUGUUAGUAUAGGUUUUAACCUCAAAUUCGGAUUAACGAAUCAAUUUUGGCAAAUUGAUAGUUAUUCGGAAUUUACAAAUUAUUAAGUUAUGUUUGUUGCUUCCUCGUGUAGUUUUAUUAUAAAAAAAUUAAAACUACUUUUUGAAACAUCUUGCCCGUGUCAGUGUCGCAACAACCAUCCACUCUCCUCAACUCUAUUCAAGUGGGUGGCGUAAGAAACCUGUCUAAGUUAUUAAAAUAAUUUUAGAUAAUAGUGGAAGCAAAUUUGUUUAAAGAAUCCAGUAUGAAAGUUUUAUGAUAAGCAUGAUACACUAUGUGAUUGCAUAUGCCUUAGGAAUUUAUACUUAUAUACAAAUCAAAUCGUAUUUUAAUAAAAUAUGUCUCAAAUCCA